AUGACGCUGGCACAUCGGGCGCUCUUCACUUGGUUUAUCGUCUUGGUGUUCUUAAUACUGCUUUGCUUGCGCCUAGAUCCACGCACCACAUGGAAUUGGUUCGUCACUUUUACGCCGCUUUGGUUCUUCGACUGCAUCCUCAUCAUCUAUGUGCUGAUAAAGUUUAUACGCAAAUGGCGCAAUCUCAAUAGGCUCACCGAUUUGCUGUUCCUCUACAAAUGGAACAUCGGCGGUGUGCUGCUAACGAUAACAUCUCAAGUGAUGAUCUGCAUGACUCUUGAGUAUCCACAACAGAUUCCAAUCUAUGUGACAAUGGCUCCAUUGAUGCUUCUACUCUGCACAGCCAUUGUCUAUGUUGCCGGGCAGUUGAGGCAACGUGAAAACUGGCUCAAAUGA